AUGAACGAGAUAAGCGAGGAGGAGAAGGCGCGGCUGGUGGCGGCGGCGCAGAAGAAGAUCGCGGCGGAGCUGAAGGAGCGCGAGGAAAAGCUCAAGCAGGACGCCGCCAGGGCGCACCUGGACCACGAGCUCAAGUUCGGCAAGAUGAUGUUCGACCAGGUGCGUACGCGCUCAAUGGCGCAUUACAACAAGGUGUUGAAGCAAGCAGGCGAGCAGUCAUACCACCACGGCGAGGCCACCCUCCAGAAGGCUGCCUGCCUGGAGAAGCUCGGGCGGGAGGCCGAGGCCAAGAGCCUGUACGAGUCGCUCAUCCAGUUCCGCGCGCCCUACCCCAACAUCAAGCGCCGCGCCGCACAGGCUCUCUUCGGCACGGACGCGGAGGAGGCGAAAGAGACGUCGCUGUUUGAUGAUUAUAUGUACCGCAUGUUCCUGUCGGGGUUUGGGCGGUAUAUGCCCAAGACUAAGUAUGUGGAGACGAAGCAGGAGAAGAUGCUGAUUCAGCUGCUGCCAUGGACGAUUCUGGCCAUGGCGCCGUUGCUGUUUGUGUGGCUCAUGAUUCGAGGCAACUAG